AUAGGUUUUGGUGUGGUACCUCAAGGUUGUGGAGGAAGUUUAAGUUAUAUAACGCAGUUAGGCCUGUGGAUGCUUCAUCAGGCCAGGUUCUGGAAUCGCUGAAAUCCAAAGAAGGUUUCUUUUUGUCACGUGCCUCGCUCCUGUUUCCCAGCCGAUCGUGGGUCCACGCGCUCCGGGUGUCCGUGACGCAGUAUUCGAGCGCCUGCGUCGUUGGGAGCCGCGACGCUGAACAUGGCGCGUUCCUAGAAGCGGCUUUCGGCAUCAGUAGGCGGCGGCGUGUGGACUGGAAGCGUGGGGCGCAGGACGAGCUGACGCCGCUUCGUGUUGGAGCGUGGAAGCGGGAGAGCCGGGCCAUUCCGGACGGAACCAAACGGUUUCCAUGGAUCUCAAUAGUGCCAGUACUGUCGUUCUUCAGGUCUUAACACAGGCCACCAGUCAGGAUACUGCUGUGUUAAAACCAGCUGAGGAGCAGUUGAAACAGUGGGAGACGCAGCCAGGUUUCUAUUCAGUGUUGCUGAAUAUUUUCACAAACCACACUCUGGAUAUAAAUGUAAGGUGGCUUGCUGUGCUGUAUUUUAAAAAUGGAAUUGAUCGCUACUGGAGACGUGUAGCACCUCAUGCUCUCUCAGAGGAGGAGAAAUCUACAUUGCGCGCAGGGCUAAUCACCAACUUCAAUGAACCAAUAAACCAGAUUGCAACUCAGAUUGCCGUGCUGAUUGCAAAAGUUGCUCGAUUGGACUGUCCUAGACAGUGGCCUGAACUGAUUCCCACUCUUAUAGAAUCUGUGAAAGUACAAGAUGAUCUUCGACAGCACAGAGCGUUGCUUACCUUUUAUCAUGUUACCAAGACCCUGGCGUCUAAACGACUGGCUGCUGAUAGAAAACUGUUUUAUGAUUUAGCUUCUGGAAUUUAUAGUUUUGCCUGCUCUCUGUGGAAUCACCACACAGACACAUUCCUUCAACAAGUUUCUUCUGGCAAUGAAGCUGCAGUUCUAAGUUCACUAGAACGAACUCUACUGUCAUUGAAAGUGCUGCGUAAGUUAACUGUUAAUGGAUUCGUGGAACCUCAUAAGAAUAUGGAGGUGAUGGGUUUUUUACAUGGAAUAUUUGAACGUCUAAAACAAUUUCUGGAGUGCAGUAGAAGUAUAGGUACAGAUAAUGUAUGUAGAGAUAGACUGGAAAAGACCAUCAUUCUUUUUACUAAAGUGCUUUUGGACUUCUUGGAUCAGCAUCCCUUUUCAUUUACUCCUCUAAUUCAGAGAUCACUGGAAUUUUCUGUAAGCUAUGUGUUUACAGAAGUUGGUGAAGGCGUUACAUUUGAACGAUUCAUUGUCCAGUGCAUGAAUCUUAUUAAGAUGAUUGUCAAAAAUUAUGCUUAUAAGCCAUCCAAAAACUUUGAAGAUAGCAGUCCUGAAACUCUUGAAGCUCAUAAGAUUAAGAUGACAUUCUUCACAUAUCCCACUUUGACAGAGAUAUGUAGAAGAUUAGUCUCUCAUUAUUUUCUGUUAACUGAAGAAGAACUGACAAUGUGGGAAGAAGACCCAGAAGGCUUUACAGUGGAAGAAACAGGAGGAGAUUCUUGGAAAUACAGUUUGAGGCCAUGCACUGAAGUAUUAUUUAUAGAUAUAUUCCAUGAAUAUAAUCAGACUCUGACUCCUGUACUUUUAGAAAUGAUGCAAACACUUCAAGGGCCCACUAACGUGGAAGAUAUGAAUGCACUGUUAAUCAAAGAUGCUGUGUAUAAUGCUGUUGGAUUAGCGGCUUAUGAGCUGUUUGACAGUGUUGAUUUUGAUCAGUGGUUUAAAAACCAGCUUCUUCCAGAAUUACAAGUCAUUCACAAUAGGUAUAAGCCAUUGCGACGCAGGGUGAUUUGGCUCAUUGGUCAGUGGAUUUCUGUGAAAUUCAAGUCUGACUUAAGACCCAUGUUAUAUGAGGCAAUUUGUAACUUGCUUCAGGAUCAAGACUUAGUGGUCCGUAUUGAAACAGCUACCACUCUGAAGUUAACUGUUGAUGAUUUUGAGUUUAGAACAGAUCAGUUUCUACCGUAUUUGGAAACCAUGUUCACACUACUCUUUCAGUUACUGCAGCAAGUUACAGAAUGUGACACAAAGAUGCAUGUUUUACAUGUGCUUUCUUGUGUGAUUGAAAGAGUCAACGUGCAGAUACGACCGUACGUAGGGUGUUUGGUACAGUAUUUGCCUCUUCUUUGGAAGCAGAGUGAAGAACACAAUAUGUUGAGGUGUGCUAUUCUGACAACACUUAUUCAUCUUGUUCAGGGAUUAGGAGCAGACAGCAAGAACCUGUACCCUUUCCUGCUCCCAGUUAUUCAACUGAGUACAGAUGUUUCCCAGCCUCCACAUGUUUAUCUUCUGGAAGAUGGUUUAGAAUUAUGGUUAGUGACUUUGGAAAACAGCCCAUGUAUUACACCAGAGUUACUUCGUAUAUUUCAGAAUAUGUCACCACUUCUAGAACUAAGUUCAGAAAGUCUCAGAACCUGCUUUAAGAUCGUCAAUGGUUAUAUCUUUUUAUCAUCAACAGAAUUUUUACAGACAUAUGCAGUAGGUCUAUGUCAGUCCUUUUGUGAACUGCUAAACGAAAUUACUACAGAAGGUCAAGUUCAAGUGCUAAAGGUUGUGGAAAAUGCCCUUAAAGUGAACCCAGUAUUAAGCCCGCAAAUGUUUCAACCAAUUCUACCCUGUGUUUUCAGAGGUAUUAUAGAAGGGGAGAGGUAUCCUGUAGUGAUGUCAACGUAUCUCGGCGUUAUGGGUCGAGUCCUGCUACAAAACACUAGUUUCUUUUCCUCACUACUUAAUGAGAUGGCACAUAAAUUUAAUCAGGAGAUGGACCAGCUUUUGGGAAAUAUGAUUGAAAUGUGGGUUGAUCACAUGGACAAUAUUACCCAGCCUGAAAGAAGAAAACUUUCAGCUUUGGCUUUGCUUUCUCUUCUGCCAUCUGAUAAUAGUGUUAUCCAAGAUAAAUUCUGUGGGAUUAUAAACAUCUCAGUGGAGGGCCUACAUGAUGUUAUGACAGAAGAUCCUGAAACGGGAACUUAUAAAGACUGUAUGUUAAUGUCUCAUCUUGAAGAACCAAAAGUAACAGAAGAUGAAGAACCACCCACAGAACAGGAUAAGAGGAAAAAGAUGCUGGCCCUGAAGGACCCCGUGCAUACCGUGUCACUGCAGCAGUUCAUCUACGAGAAGCUCAAGGCCCAGCAGGAGCUGCUGGGAGAGCAAGGCUUCCAGUCCCUCAUGGAAACGGUGGACACCGAGAUCGUCACCCAGCUACAGGAGUUUUUGCAGGGCUUCUGAGAGCACGUGUCAUGUGGCUGAGAUGACCAGCCUGCCAUCUGUGUGUGAGAGCCUGCUGAGACGAUGGAGAAAUCCCUUGUGUAUUGAAAGAAAGAUGGGAAGACCACACGUUUUUUUACUACAAAAUUCAGCAAAUAAAUGUAAAUCCUGCAUAUCUAAAAUCACAAAACUAUUCCUCAAAAGAAUUUAAUUUUAUAUUUAUGAGGGCCCUGUGUUUACUAAAGAUAGAUUUGACAACAAUAGCUGCUUAGUUUCCUGUUAAGAGAAGAAACUGUUACCUUUUAAUCAUGUGCUCUUAACACUUGAGAAGAAGAAGGCUAAUGUCUGAGAUGUUUUACUGUAACCAAAAUUAGUUAAAUUUGGCUGCCUUAUCCCUUUUUUAAGUUAAUGAGACUACAAGUUUGAAAAAUGGCAAAACUGUUCAGAUGAUGAAAUUACAGAAAUUUGUGUACCAGGCAAAAGAAUAUGAAUAGUGACAAAUAUACAUUACUGAGAUUAUCUUGCAAGGGAGUUGCUUUCAUCUGACAUAGAAAACAUGUUUUAUCAGACAAAUGCUUUUAUUUUCAUUCUAGUAAUUUGAUAUGGGAAUUAGUAAUGGGAUUUUUUUCUUGUGUUAUUUUCAGUAAUUACAUUUAGUCUUUAAAUGCACAUUGUAAGGCCCGCAGAUGUGAACCUGUGGUACUGCAGUGCCAGGUGGGAGACCUCUGGUCGUGAUUUGAUCCUAGUUCCUUUGUUACCCCUGGAGGCCAGGAGCCCUGUGAACACUGACAGGAACCAGCAGCCACAGACCCCCUGUGCUGCAAAAUGGCUGUGACAGGCUGUUCAGCACUUACCCAUCUCAGGUUCCUCAGUGCAGGGGUACAUCAGGGCCUCGAAGAUAUGGGUACACGUGGAGGACUCAGCAGCGAUCCCCAGGGUACCGACACUGAUGUGACAAGUCUUCCUUCCUUAUUCCUCUAACAUGCAGUACCAAAAACGGGGAAAAAGGAGAAAAAAAAGCCUUACUUUGUUUUACUUGCCAUUGACUGUAAGGAACGUUUAAAACAUUUUAAAGAAAAUACUCAAAAGCAAGGUUGGAAAAUGGCUGAUCUUUCUAUAGAAAGUUGGGUACAGUAUGUAACUGCAGGAAACCCACUGCCCUUUGUAAGUUGUGGAACUCAAAGCGAAUGGAAAUAUUUGAUGUUUUAAGCAAAAGAAAGAAAAUAUGGUCCAAAUUAAAUUUUCCAAAGAUACCUCA